AUGACUUCAUUAACGAAAAAUCUUGAAGGUCUGACUAUUGUAUGGCUUGAUGUUGAUCGUAUUCAUCAAAACACCGAUGAUUAUUUUGAUACGAAAAAUCGUCUACGACAAUGCAAUAAUUAUAUAGGAAUAUAUCAUGAUCCAAAUGAGUGUAUUCAUGGUAUAAUAGCGAAUGGAUACGUUUUUCUAAUCGUUUCUGGUUCAAUCUGCGAAACAUUUAUUCCGCUGAUUUUUGAAAUCAAACAGAUCGUAUUUAUUUACGUUCUAUAUUCGGAUAAUCAAUUGAGGGACACCUGUGAACUAAAAACUAUUUCAAAACUUCAUGGAAUAUUCUCAAGUAAAAACCAACUUAUUGAAAAACUGAAACAAGACGUCAAAUCAUAUUUGAAGAGUUUGCCACUAACAUGUAUCGUCAAUGAAAAGUCAAUUCGUGCUUUAAACAAAGAAUAUUCUACGUUUAUGUGGACUCAAUUGCUUAUGGACGUUUUAAUUCAAAUACCUCAAACAGAUCGUGCAAAAAUGAUGAUGUUAGAAGAUUGCCGAUUGCAUUAUGCUGAUAAUAAAGCUCAAUUAGAUGAUAUUAACGAGUUUCAAGAAAAAUAUGAACCAGACUUUGCAGUUUGGUGGUAUACACGUGAGAGUUUCGCAUAUAAACAAUUAAACCAAGCACUACGUACACAAGAUAUUGACAUUAUUUUUAAAUAUCAAUUUUUUAUAAGAGAUCUUUAUGUACUAUUGAAAGAAUUAUAUGAAGAAUCUAUGCCAUCCUUAGAAGAAAUAUCGAUUGUCUACCGUGGCCAACAUAUCAAUUGUGAUGAAUUGGAAAAAAUAAAAAAUAAUGUGAACGGUCUUAUUUCAAUGAAUUCAUUUUUAUCAACAACUCGAAACAAGAAUCGAGCUUUAAUAUCCGCCGGUGAUGGUUCAAAUAGGCCCUCGCUUGAAUCCAUCUUAUUUGAAAUUACGAUUAAUAAAAAUGUUGCUGCUAAAACUAAACCAUUCGCUGACAUUACAAAGAUGAGUCAAUUUGGCAAGGCAGAAGAAGAAAUACUAUUAUCGAUUGGAAGUAUAUUCAAGAUUCAGUCAGUUGAACAGUUAGCUGAAAAUGCUCAUGUUUGGGACGUUAAGCUAAUAUUAAAUGAAUCAGUGGUGAUUAAUGAAAUAGACAUGUUAUUCAAUUAUUUCAAAAUGAAUUCAACUACAAGUAUAUCGAAUGUCGGUACAUUAGGUUUACUAUUAGGAGAGAUGGGAGAAUAUGAAAAAGCGGAAAAAUAUUAUCAAAUGAUGCUUGAUGAAUUAUCAACAGAUCAUUGCGGAGUUCCAAUAAUAUUAAAUAAUAUGGGAGUAUUAUACAAUGAUAUGGGUAAUGAUGAAAAAGCAUUAGAAUAUUAUAAGAAAUCAUACGAAAGUUAUAAAAUGCAAAACGUAUCAGAAAAUGAUCUUCUCUUAGCGAAUUUAUAUCAUAAUAUGGGUUCAUUGUAUUAUGAAAAUGAGUAUAAUAAAACAGCAUUGAAAUAUUUUAAAAAAGCUUUUAAAAUUUGUAAUAAUAAUUCUACGCUACCCAGUCUUUUAUUAUCUGCAACAUUAUAUACAGACGUGAGUGGAAUAUAUCAAGAUAAUGAAGAUUCUGUUAAUGCAUUGGAUCAGUUGCAACACACAUUUGAAAUCCAAAAAAGAAUUCUACCAUCAACUCAUUUCAGAAUCGCUGCAACAUACAAUAACAUAGGAAGUGUUUAUCUUUGUAAAGGAGAUUAUGCAAAAGCAUUAGAAAACUUUGAAAUAGCCUUGAAUAUUGGAUUAAAAUCUUUGCCAGCCGAUCAUGAACAUAUUCAAACAUAUCGUGAAAAUAUAAAACAUGCUAAAGAAAGAAUAAAGUAA